CGAGUCGGGGCCGUGAUGGCUGCUGGCCGGCCGGGCCCGCGGGGGCGAGUGUCGCCGCUGCUGCCGCUGCUGCUGACGCUGCUGACGGCGAGGGACGCUCGCGGGUGCGGCUACGAGUCCUGCCCAGCCACUCAGCCCUCCAUGCUCAAUGUCCACCUCCUCCCUCACACUCACGAUGACGUCGGCUGGCUCAAGACUGUGGACCAGUAUUUCUAUGGAGUGCGGAAUGACAUCCAGCACGCGGGGGUGCAGUACAUCUUGGAUUCGGUGGUGCCCGCUCUUCUGGCUGAUCCCACGCGGCGCUUCGUGUAUGUGGAGGUCGCCUUCUUCGCCCAGUGGUGGCACCAGCAGACGCCCCAGAUGCAGAAGGCGGUGCGGGAACUAGUCGACCAGGGGAGGCUAGAGUUUGCCAACGGCGGCUGGUGCAUGAACGACGAGGCGGCGAGCCACUACAAUGCCAUCAUCGACCAGCUAAGCCUGGGACUGCGCUUCCUGCAGGGCACGUUUGGGAGUUGCGGCCGGCCUCGGGCUGCCUGGCACAUUGACCCCUUCGGCCAUUCCCGGGAGCAGGCUUCACUCUUCGCCCAGAUGGGUUUUGAUGGCUACUUCUUCGGUCGCCUGGACUAUCAGGACAAGAAGAAUCGGGAAAGCAAGCGGGAGAUGGAACAGAUCUGGAGAGCGAGUACCAGCCUGGAACCUCCCACUGCCGACCUCUUCACCAGCAUCCUCCCCAAUGGUUACAAUCCCCCACUGGGCUUGUGCUGGGAUGUGCUCUGCUCCGACAACCCCGUGGUGGAUGAUCCUGGGAGCCCAGAAUACAACGCCAAACAGCUGGUCAGCUACUUCCUCGAGACAGCUGCCACCCAGGCCAAGCACUACCGCACUAACCACAUCGUCAUGACCAUGGGUUCCGAUUUCCACUAUGAGAAUGCCAACCUGUGGUUCAAGAAUAUGGAUAAGCUCAUCCGCCUUGUAAAUGCCCAGCAACAAAAUGGUAGCCGGGUACACGUCCUCUACUCCACUCCAAGUUGCUACCUAGGGGCGCUCAACAAAGCCAACUUGACCUGGUCCUUGAAGCAGGAUGACUUCUUCCCAUAUGCGGACGGCCCCCACCAGUUCUGGACGGGAUACUUCACCAGCCGCCCCGCCCUCAAACGCUACGAGCGGCUCAGCAACAACUUCUUGCAGGUGUGUAACCAGCUGGAGGUGCUGGCAGGGCCAGCGGCCAUGGCGGGACCCUAUGGGUCGGGAGACAGCAGCCUGCUCAGAGAGGCUAUGGCCGUGGCCCAGCACCACGACGCCGUCAGCGGCACCUCCAAGCAGCAUGUGGCCGACGACUACGCUUGGCAACUGGCGAGAGGCUGGAAGUCAUGCCAGGUGGUGGUGAGCAACGCGCUGGCUGGCCUGGGGCGCACCAAGAUGGAUUUCACCUUCUGCCACGGACUCAACAUCAGCGUCUGUCCCCUGAGCGAGGGGGCUGCCAGCUUCCGCACCAUCCUCUACAAUCCUUUGGGCCGGCGGGUGAGCUGGCCUGUUCGACUGCCCGUGAACGGCACCGCCUACACGGUGCGGGACCCUGGUGGACAGCCCGUCCCCAGCCAGGUGGUGCCUGUGUCUAAUUUUACCCGGGCAGUGAGGGGAGACCAGGGAGCCGCCCCCCGGGAGCUCCUCUUCAUGGCCUCUGCUCCUGCCCUUGGCUUCAGCGUUUACACCGUCACCUCUGUCACCAGCCGGGUCCCCUCUUCUCGGGCCUCUGAGCCCCUCCUUGUGAAACAGCCCCAGCAGAUUCAGAAUGAGCAUCUCCGGGUCCUCUUUGAUCCUGCUACUGGGCUGUUGAGUGAGAUCCAGAACCUGGACUCGGGCAUCUCCCUGCCAGUCAGGCAGGCCUUCUACUGGUACAACGCUAGCGUUGGCAAUGACCAGAAUGCCCAGGCCUCAGGCGCCUACAUCUUCAGACCCAACCGCUCUGAGCCGUUCCCUGUGAGUCCCAGGGGCCGUGUGCAGACCCAGCUCCUGCAGACACCGCUGGUUCAGGAAGUUUAUCAGAACUUCUCAGCCUGGUGCUCCCAGGUGGUCCGGCUGCGACCUGGGCAGCGGCACGUGGAGCUGGAGUGGACACUAGGACCCCUGCCCAUCGAGGAUGGCUGGGGUAAGGAGGUCAUCAGCCGCUUCGACACACUCCUGGAGAGCAAUUUGCUCUUCUAUACGGACAGCAAUGGCCGGGAGAUCCUGGAGCGGAGGUAUGACCACCGGUCCAGCUGGAACCUAAACCAGACGGAGCCCGUGGCCGGAAACUAUUAUCCCGUCAACAGUCGUAUCUAUAUCAAGGACAAGCAAGCGCAGCUGACCGUGCUGACCGAUCGCUCCCAAGGGGGCAGCAGUCUCCGGGAGGGAUCUCUGGAGCUCAUGGUGCAUCGGCGGCUGCUGUAUGAUGAUGGCAGAGGGGUCGGGGAGCCACUCCUGGAACCCGGCACAAACAAGGAGGGGUUGGUGGUGCGGGGGAGGCACCUGGUGCUUGUGACCCCCCCACAGUCCGCUGCCUCGGCCCACCGGCUCCUGGCCCAGCAGGAAUUCAUGGCACCCCAGCUCCUCCUGGCCCUCCGUGGGGGCACCCCCUACCAUCCAGCCACACUUGGCUUGACACAGUUCUCGGCCCUGAAGCGAGAGUUACCACCCCAGAUUCACCUGUUGACCUUGGCCCAGUGGGGCCCAGACACCGUUCUGCUGCGCCUGGAGCACCAGUUUGAAGCGGGGGAGUGUGCCAACAUGUCCUUGCCCAUCACCCUUAACCUACAGGACCUGUUCACCUUCAACAUCACCGCCCUCAAGGAGACCACCCUGGGGGCCGAUCAGGCCAAAGCCAAGAUGAGCCGCCUGCAGUGGAGAGAGCGUGCGAGCUCCUCUGCCCGUGGCCCCCUGUCCGGGCCGCCUCCACUGGACCCCUUGACCGUCACCCUGCAGCCCAUGGAGAUCCGGACUUUCUUGGCCACCGUCCAGCAGCUGCCGUCCCGACCGGGCAGGCCAGGGUAGCGUAGCCUUGGGCCACCUCCUGCUGAGCCCUGUGUUGAGCACUACAGACCAACGCUACCACUAAGAUGAUCUGAGCCCUGCCCUGACCCCAUCCCUCUCUCAGACUCUCAUUGCCACCUUCUCCUCACCCCUUGGUAACUGGGCUGAGAGCGGGAAAUAUGACACCCUAAGAGGGCAGACCGGGCAAUGUGGGCACUGAGCAGGGCCAGGGAGAAGACCCCCUCAGACAGCGCCCUACCCUCUGUUAUCCCAUCUGUAGCUGCUCACCUUCACACCACCACUCAUACUGUCCCUGGAAGAACAUUCCUCUCCACUCCUCCCCCGCCACCGCUACUAAUGAGCCAAUAAAGUAUUUCCAUUCUGA